AUGAGGUUCUGCCUUGUUAUUGCCUGUGUUCUCCUCGCCUGCAGUGCGUCGGCGGUGCUGGGCGGCCACCACAACAACGACCGCAACCGCCACGGCCGCAAUCGUCAUGACCACGAGCACCAUGACCACAACGACCGCAAUCGUCAUGACCACGAGCACCAUGAGCACGAGGAGCAUGAGCACCAUGAGCACGAGGAGCAUGAGCACGAGCACCACGGCCACCAUCAUCGUGACGGCCCCAGCUUGGUGGCGCACUGCAGCAGCGACUACAAGCGACUUUGCGGUAUCCACAGUGGCUCGUCCUUCACUGAUAUGUGGCGGUGCUUGGUGUCCAACGUUGACAGCAUCAGCGAAAGCGCGUGCCAGGGGUGGAUGAGGGGCCUGGCCGCGUGCAAGAGCGCGACGGCGUCCCUGUGCGGCUUCGAAGCGCAGCAGCUGCACGAUAUACGGCGCUGCCUGGGGGAGGUGGGCUAUGUGAAUAUCCCCGCGGAGUGCAGGACCUCCAGCUUCUACAACAACUACGACAUCAACGUGUAG